GUAUGCUGAUCUUCGUGACUUUACUGUCUUUUCUACCCAAAAAUUUAAAGCAUUAUUUCCUGGAUUUAAUCACAAAAAUAAAAACAGGGAAUUAAAGCUCCCAUAAAUGAUUAAUCAAUAAUAGCCCCUCAAAGCUAGAAGAAUCCGAACCUUCCAACCUACCUUACUCCCAAAAAUACUGUCUCUCUCAUUUCCCAAUUUUGCUAUCAAAAUUGGACCCAUUUCAAGUAAGCAUCUCUAUCUUUCUUUUUCAUACUAUAAUCCAAAGUUUUUUGCAUAAUUUUUAGUACUACUAUGAAGAUUUAAUUGAUAGUUACAUGUAUGCUUUUCUGGGUAGUUCAUAAGAUUUUGUAUUAUUGAAGAAAAAGAUGUUUGAAUCUGGGUAUACUGAUUCCAGUGAUGGGGAAUUAUUGCGUGAUAUUGAAGAGAUUAGCAAAGCCCUUUAUUCAGUGAACAAAACCCAUGAAAAUUCUGUGAUUUCUUACUCCAAUUAUGGGCCUAAAUCGAGUAUUAGUGUUUCCAAAUCGAAGCGUAAACCGGGUUUUGAUAGGGUGAAAGAGUGGUUGAAGGAAGAGAAUAAACAUCAUUCAUCAAUUUGGGGUUGGAAACCCUUUAAGGCACUGUCCCAUUUCAGGCAGAGGAAGUUUACUUGUUAUUUCUUUUGCCAUGUUCAUUGUAUUGAGAAUUUGAUGUUGGAUUUUAAGGAUAUUUCUAUGAGUGUGCAUUGGAGGAGGAAGGAUAAUGUCCUUAAGACUCUUCCUUCAAGUGUUUCAAAUGGGAUGGUUGAGUUUGAGGAGACAUUGAUGAAUAAAUGUACUGUUUAUGGUGCUAAAACUGGGCAUGGGGAUUUUGUCAAGUAUGAGCCUAAACAUUUUUUGCUUUAUGCGUCUAUUGUUGGGGCAGAAGGGCUAGAAAUUGGGAAGCAUUGGGUUGAUCUUACAAGGUUGCUUCCUCUGACAAUUGAGGAGUUGGAGCAGGAUAAAUGCUCUGGGAAAUGGUCAACAAGCUUUAAGCUCAUAGGCAAGGCUAAAGGUGCUACUUUGCAUAUUAGUUUCGGAUUUUUGGUAACAAAGGAUAGUCUGGCUGAAUCUGGUAGUAGUAUAAAGCCACCUCUUGUUCUUUGUUUGGAGGGAAAUGGGUUGAAUAGGAUGAGCUCUGCUGAUUCUGGUUCUGUCAGAGAUAAUACCAGACUUAGGCGGGUAGGGAGUGUUCCGAGUAGCUUGACUAAUGCUUCUUGUUAUUCAUCUUAUUGCCUGGAUGAAAGAAUUGGUUGGCCAAAGGAUGCAUAUGAGUUCUCAAAUUCCAUUGAUGUGCUAUAUGAUAAGCUUGAGGAAGGGAGUGUUGAUAGUCCGACAAAGUUUGAUAAGGUUUUGGAACAUUUGGAGUCGGUUCAGUUGGGUCAGAACUCAUUAUCUAGUUCUGUAAAAGAUUUUAGUGGAGCAAAACAUGAUGAUGUCGAGUUUACAGUGAUAGAGAAGGGAGUAGAAUUAGAGUGCUCUCCUGAGGAAGGAAAAAAAUUGGAUGAAUCUAUUUCUGAGAACUUGGGAGCCUCAAACGUAGAAGUAAUUGAUGUAGCUGAGAUCUUCAAGGGUGAAGGUAUAUGUUCAGAUGAGGAGAUAAAGGUUGAUAGUACGAAUGAGGCCUCCAAUUGUGUUGCAAAAGAUGCUCCAAUCGAUAAAUACAGUGUUGAUACUAAAGAGCUAAAUCUUGAAGACGAGGCCUUGGAGUUGUAUAAGAUGUUCAUGUCACAGUCUGAUGAGUUAGAAAUGUCAGAGGAUGAUACUUCUGUUGAGAUUAAGGCCAAGCAUAAGGGAAGUAAUCUGGUAAAGUCAUUGAGCUUAGAUGACUUUGAAAGAACUAUUGCAGAUGAUUUCUGUAACCUAUUGCAAGACAUGCGUACUCCAUCAACCCGGAGUUUCAAUUACGAUCUUGAAUCUCCUAGAGAACUUCUUUUAAGACAGUUUGAAGAAGAUAUGAUGACUUCAGGAAGCCUCUUCUUAGAUGUUGAUGUACAAGAUGACGUGUCUGAACAUGACAUUGCAGCUUCUAGUGUCUCCUCUUCAGAUUAUAAUGGCGAGGGUGUGGAUCCUGCAAAUGAAAGUGUUCAACAGUCAUUGAGAAGUAAACUGAAGGCAAAAAGCCUCGAGCGUUUGGAGACUCAGACCUUGAUGCAAAGAUGGGGUUUGGAUGAGGAAGCCUUCCAGAGUUCCCCUUAUUAUAGCACUAGUGGGUUCGGGAGUCCUAUUUUUAUCCCACCUGAGGAACCAGUUGGAUUGCCUCCCCUUGCCGAAGGGUUGGAGUCAUUGCUUCAAUUAAAGGAUGGAGGUUUUUUACGGUCUAUGAGCCCGUUACUUUUCAAAAAUGCUAAGAAUUGUGGGACUUUGAUCAUGCAAACCUCAAAAACUCUCGUGCUACCUACAGAAUUGGGUUCUGAUAUCAUGGAGAUAUUGCAGUGUUUGGCAUCAGUUGGCAGUGAAAGACUGUCUAAGAAAGUGCAUAGUUUAUUACCCCUGGAAGAUCUCUCUGGAAAGAUUAUGCAGCAACUAGCAUGGGAGGCUUUGUAUAACACAGAGGUGCUUGAAAGGCCUGCCUCUUCUCAGUAUGAAUCUGAUAUCAGUGUUGAGGUUGAGGAGCAUCCGAAUGUUCAGGGUUGUACUUACUUUAGUGGUGAUAUCAGGCCAGAAUAUGUCGCUGCCAAAGAUCUAGCCGUGUUGGCACUCGACAGUGUAGAAGCCCUCGUGAUGGAAGGUUUGAAAGUACAAUCAGGCAUGACUGAUCAUGAUGCACCUACCAGCAUCAGGGUUAAAGCUGUAAGAGAGGACUAUGUUAAUGGAUUGUUGGAUCUUUCUAUUUCAUUGGCCGAGUGGUUAAGGCUGGAUGCUGGAAUAUCGGGUGAUGAAAAGCAGAUUAGUAACAGCAUAUUGAAGUUGUUAAGAGCUCAUAAUUCUAAGUCUAGCUACUUUAACAACGAAGGAGAAAACGCAGAGAAAGAAUCUAGAAGGUGUGGUGUAUUAGGAGAUAAUCUCACAUUAGUUAUGAUGAUGCAACUCAGAGAUCCACUCCGAAACUACGAAACAGUUGGUGGUCCAAUGCUUGGUCUACUUCAAGUCAAGAGAUUAAUGGAAGAUGAUGAUAAACAGGGAAAAGAGAUGGUUUCACUUUCCAGGUUCAAAUUGGAUGAAGUUCAUGUUGCAGGGUUGAAUAUGGGAUCUGAUAAUCUAGAAAUGUGGUCAUCUAAGAGACAACAACAAUCGGGAUCUCGGUGGUUGCUUGCUAGUGGUUUGACUAAGAAUUGUAAUUCUGGGUUUUCAAAGUCAAGGUCGUCUUCAAUAAUGAGAAUGUCCUCACUUCGAAAACCAUGGACCAGCAGAAGCUUUAUCUGGAGCCUGUCUUGCCCCAUUCAUCAAGUUGAAGCUGACUCACUUAACCCACGCACUCGCAACCCUGACGUUAUAUUUCCUCCACCGACGACCAUUUGACUCACGUGGUAAGACCGUGAAAUGCAAGUAUAUCAUGUUAAUUAUACGGAGUAACUUUUGUGUUUCUUACACCAUAUUUUUUGUACUGUGAUAAUUCACAACGGUAUUAGAUCUGUGUUUUUUUUAAUUGUUUUUUGAUGUAUAUUGGUUCAGGAUAGUGACUUGUUUUGGUGCAAACAAGAUCUUGAUUUGUGAAUAAUUAGUCAACUAAGUUUUAGUGGUGUAUAUUGGAGUAUCUGUUUUGUAUU